UUCAGGUAGUUGGAUAGUCCACGCCAGGCAGUGAUUGGUUGUCGAGAGGCGGGGCGACUCGACCACUGAAGAAGUAGCCGCCGCUGCGCGGAGAGCCAUGGGUCAGGCGGCCAAGGUUUUACAGCUCUUUAAAACAUUACACAGGACCAGACAACAGGUUUUUAAAAAUGAUACCAGAGCAUUAGAAGCAGCCAGAAUAAAGAUAAAUGAAGAAUUCAAAAGUAAUAAAAGUGAAACUUCUCCCAAGAAAAUAGAAGAGCUAAUAAAAAUAGGUUCCGACGUUGAAUUGUUACUCAGAACAUCCGUUGUACAAGGUAUUCAUACAGACCACAAUACACUGAAACUGGUCCCUAGGAAAGAACUCCUUAUAGAAAAUGUGCCAUACUGUGAUGCACCAACUCAGAAAAAAUGAGUUUUCUAGGAUAAACUCAAGCUUUGUAGUUUUUAAUCUUAAAUAUAUAACUCUGGCAAAAGUUUUGGAAAUGGAAAUAUUCCUCUUAGAACUGGCCUGUUGAAAAUGAAUGAAGUAUUGCAUCAUAAUUAAAUUUCACAUUAAAAGAACAUUGCUAAAAACUGCAGAACAUAGUUAAAUAUUUCUAGACAGCAUUAGAUAAGAAGACCUGUAAUUUGCAUAUAAAAUCAAAGUUUAUAAAGUAAAAUGAAUGCUUAGGGAGGCAUGUCAUACUCAUUUCUCUUUGACCUUGAUGAGUAUUUUAGUCUCACCAUAACUAAGAGUGCAGUGUUUUGACAAGUUGGUGGGUUUUCCUCCCAUGUGAAAUGAAACUGUUAGAUUAAAAUUAUUAGUUUAAAUUUAUGAUUAGUCCCACAAACCUUAAAUUAGUAAAAAAUCAUAGCAUAUACCAACUCUCUAUAGAAAGUGGCCUUUGUUUCCUGUAAAGCAUUGACAUUAUUUCUGUAAUUAUUCUAACAAAUAAUUAUACACUUUCCUUUCAGAGAUAGAGUAUCUCUCUGAUCCUGUAAAGACAUUUUUUUUAUAAGUCUUCUGAAGAUAGAUGAAUAAAAUAUCAAAAUCACCUAGGAUCACUGUGGAAUAAAUCCAAAUUUUUUUAGGAAGGAGUGACCCUUGAUCAAACUAUAUAAUAUAGCCUUAGUAGAAAUAGCUGUACUUAGACAUAGCUAGACUUUAUAAUGAAAAUGUAAUACGUGGCUCCAUUCUUUCCAUUUUAAUCAAUAAACUUAAAUGGCUUUUUUUUCCCACAUGUCCCAUCCCUCCCUGACAAGAUUGGGAAUAUCACAGAACAGUUUGUCAUUGUACCCUCUAAUGGUAGGAAUUAUAAAAUUGUAUUUAAUAAUCUUCUUGUUUUUCUUUUAUCUGUGUGUCUUUACCAUUCUCUGUUCUUAGUGAACAGUGUGUUCUUUCCUAAUUCCCUGAUAAGUUUUCCCAGUAACAAUACAGAGUUUUAAAUUUUUGCAAGAUUCUUUUUUUUCUUUAAUAUUUAUUUUUGAGAGAGAGCACAAACAGGGGAGGGGCAGAGAGAGAGAGAGAGAGGGCGAGUGAGAAUCCAAAAUUGAUUUUGCUCUGACAACAGGGCUCAAAUCCAUGAACUGUAAGAUCAUGAGCAGAGCUGAAACCAAGAGGCAGACGCUUAAUCAACUGAGCUACCCAGGCACCCGUAAAAUUUUUGUAAGAUUCUUGAUGCAAGCUUUGUUUGUUGGCAAAACAUGGAUAUAUCCAUUCUGGAUAUGAAAUGUUAGGUUUUAACAUAAUUUAAUUUUAAAACAUAAUAAAAUAAUUUAAUUUUAGAAAAUCAAAGAUUUUUCUAAAUUCCUUAGACAUAUUAUACUUAACAUUAAGCCAUCGACUAUCCUUAAUGCCUUCUAAUACUUUUGAGGAGAGUAGUUAGUAGUCUGUGAAAUGGUUUAUACAUGUCAAAAGAUUUGCUAUGUUAGUUUUUCAUUUCCUAUGUAUAUUUGUUACUUUUGUGGAAAUUAUACCUACAUAAAAGUAAAAGUUGUUUGCUAUUUGAAAUUUGCCUUUAUAAAAGUAUGCUGAAAGUUGUCAUAAUACCAUCACUGGUAAUUUGCCUGACUUACUACUGUUUCAUUAAGUAUAUUAUAUAUUUUAAGGAAAGUUGCCUGACCUACGUUAAUUUAACAUAUUUUAAUUAUUUCCGUCUUAUUGAACAGUUUUAGCAGUUCUUAGCUUUCUCUCUUUAAUCUUAAUUCCCUUGUUCAAUUCUUCACUCACAUUAAUUUAAAUAUCUCAACAGGGUUUUUUUUUAAUAGUUACUACUAAGAGCAAUAGAGGUUAAUAAUUCAUAGGUUUAUUUUAUUUAAAGUAGUGGCUUUGAGAUUUUCUCCAAGAUACAUGUUUUAGAUAUAUAAGAGAAAAGAUCCUGUUUAUAUUAGCAAACAAAACUAUAAAAUAGAAAUAGACUUUUUAGAGGUUCCUGGAUGGCUCAGUCGGUUAAGCUGCUGACUCUUGAUUUUGGCUUGAGUCAUGAUCUCAUGGUUUGUGAGAUUGAGCUUUGCAUUGGGCUCUGCACUGCAGCGCAGAACCUGUUAGGGAUUCUCUAUCCCGUCUCUGUCUGUCCUCCUUGAGCAGAUACACACUCUCUCAAAAAUAAAUAAAUUAAAAAAAAAAAAAAGGAAAUGGACUUUUUUUAAAAAAAGCUGUAACUUAAAAAUGAAAGAUAUACUAUGUUCCUAGAUGGGACAAUUGAAAAUUAUGGAAGUGAACAGUUCUUUAAAUGUUACCUAUCAAAAUCCCCAAAGAUUGGAAGUCUGUCUAAAUAAAAAUAUAUAACCUGUACACUCUGUGAAAGCUACUAUAAAUAAAGUUUACAGAAGAUACUUGCUACCAACAUAAUGAUUAAAAUAGUUAAGAUGUGGGGCGCCUUGGUGGUCAGUCAUUUAAGCUUCAGACUUCAGCUCAGGUCAUGAUGUGGCAGUUUGUGAGUUCAGACACCAUGUCAGGCUCUGUACUGACAGCUCAGAGCCUGGAGCGUGCUUCAGAUUCUGUCUGUCUGUCUGUCUCUCUCUCUCAAAAGUAAACAUUAAAAAGAUAGUUAAGAUGUAAAUGUUCCUAUGACUCAGUAAAAGAUAACUCAGUGGAAAAUGAUCAAAUGAUAUAAAUUAAAAGUUCACAGAAGAAGAAAUAUUAAGCCUCACUAGUGAUCAGAGAAAUGUAAAUUAAAACAAAAUGAAACAAUUUUGUUCAUCAAAUUUGCAAAAGCUAAAGAAGCUCAAGAUACCCAAUAUUUUUAAAGGUCAUAGGGUGUGAGGAAAUGGACAAUCUCAUUUCUGGAAAGGAUGUAAGUGAUAGGGCUUUUUUGAAAGGAAAAUUCACAUCAAAAUUUAAAAUAAAUAUAUUGUUCAGUCUUUAUGUCAAUAGCACACAGGAGUGCUAAUAAAUGAACACUCAGAUAUAUUUACAGAAAUUUCUGUAACAUUAUUUAUAAUUAAAAAAAAUUGAUAAUAGCCUAAAUUUCCAAACUUGGGGCAGAGAAUUAAAGGAAAUAGAGUUCUGGGAUACUACACAACAGUUCAAAAAUUGAUGCAAAAUAUAUAUAUUGUCAACUGAAAGAAGCAAGUCACAGAAUAUAUGUUCUCUAUGAAUCCAUUUACAUACAAAAGAACUACUUUGCACAGGUUUGUGCAUAUACAGUAAAAUCUUGGGUUGCGAGUAACUUGUUCUGUGAGUGUUCCA